ACCCAGAAUAAAGAAACCAGUGAAGAAGAUGGGACAUAUUUGAAACACCGAAUUCUGUCACCAGAUUCGAGAGUAGUACCCACAUACACUGAUCGAACCAGACAGGAAACUCUUAAUGGCCAGACAGAUUUGCUUGACACUCAGGAACGUGAGACAUUGCCUCCAAGGACACCAGUAAAAGCGCGAAGAGGUAGACCAAGUAGGAGGCAAAAUUAUCAAUAUCGACGUGACAGAGUUGUGUCCCCUGAACAUUCCAACAUUUUUGAGAACUACAGCAGCUUUACUUCAGAGAAUUUCCACCACCAGGGUCACCAUGGGACCGUAGAGCAUGCUAGCUUCCAUAGCCGGGAGAGAACACCAGUACAGAACAGGAAACGAGGACGGGACUCGACCUCCAGGUCAAGGACACCUGCUAGGUCAACAAAACAACGACUUUUUGAGACGCACAGUGGAUUUACACCUGUCAAACUGCCUGAUGUAGUACCAGUAACACCAGGGACGCCUAGAUCCAACCCACCACAGAAAUCUCCCUUCACAGCUCUCAGCUCGGACAACCAUCCACAAGAUAGCCCACCAAGAGAUGAGAUUUGUAUGGCGCCGGACCUGUUAUUUAGCCCUCUGGACACCGCAAAACUGUUGUGUACAGAGUCUAUGGAUCUCAUGGACUUAGAUGAUGGACACCAGCCCAAUGAAAA